AUGCUCUGGGGCUUGUUGAAACAGGAUGCGGUUCCCUCACCCCCCGAGCUUGGCAUGCUUGAAGAGUUCUACAAGCGAUUCCGACGAACCGAGCAGAUCGAAGAAGCAGUCCGCGGCGGCUUGGCAACUGGUCACUUUGGCCAACAUGAAGUACAAUGCUUCAAGGACGCUCAGGCUGGCCGCAUCCGAUACGGGAAAUCCAUCAUCCACCUGGGAAGUAACUUCGUCCGAUAUGCUCAAGGCCUCAUGGCCCGAUUAGGCUUACGCGUCUGGUGUCCCAAUCUCAAGGAAGAUUCGGAUUUGUUGUACAACUCAGCUCAUCGAAUUGCAGCUCUUACCACUUUCACAGAGCUUGCUACGACUUCAGCUUACUCUUACCUGAAGAUUGAUCGAGAAUUGGCGCAAGAUAUGACUCUACUCAUACCCGCCUACAACCACUUUGUACACUAUCUUCAAUACAACCGAUACAAGAGGGAGCAAAAAGAAAAAGGCAAGGCAUCUCAAGAAGCAGCGAACAAAAAAUUCAACAAGAAUCGAGAAAGGUUGAGAAACGAAAGGCGCGACUUUGCCAUCAUCAACAAGUUUCCAAAGCGAUAUCGAGACAUCUUGGAACCAAUCACGGCCCACAGCGAUGAUGAGAAGGUAGAGGGGAAGGGCUUCUACAAAAUCAAAACCUUGCCCUACCGCUCGAACAACGCCAACCGGUUCUUUCGUCGUUUGGACAUCGUGAUGAAGAACGCCGCCGAGCAAGAUCCUAUCGCCAAGUCGUCCCGACGCAGGGUUCAAAGACUACCAAAGAACCCCGAGAUGUCGUCAUACAAGAUUGCACCAAAGGGACUGCCCAUCGAUUUCUACCACCCGAAAUGGUACCACAACCUCGUCCCUGCUCAACAACAAUCCAUCCCAAACCGAAAAGCACUCGCUUUUCUGCCCGAUGCCAACGAGUCCUUGCUUCCUAAAGGUGAACGAAACCCCGAUGAAAAGAUGGCCGAUUCCACUUUCACGAGGAAGUACUGGGAGGUGUUGGCUGAGCCUUAUGGCCUCCUGGGCGGUGAUUCCUCAGACUAUGACGAGGCUGCUGAGGAGGAACAAGGCAGAAAUGACGAUGACGAAGGCGAGGGGAUCGAUCUAACCCAGCCAAGCCCGGACAACUCUGACGACGAGUUUCAUGUGGAGGGGGAUGCUGGGGAUUUGUACGAAGAAGAGGAUGACGGGUUUGUGGUAAACGAUGGCGAAGAGCAGGAUGGAAGCGAUGAUGACGACGACGAUUACGACGAAGCUGAAGAUGGUGGUGUCGAAGAGGACUGCCAGAUGGAUGACAUCCCAGAGUGCGAGGAAGAUUGGUAA